UAGCAAAGCAAACAUAAGCUCUCUGGUUUAUUUCAAUAACUUUAAAUCAGAUUAUUUUAUCAACUGUUUUAAUUUAUUUUUUCUGUUAUUUCCUCGUAUUCGAUUGAUAAUUUCCGGAUAUCGAAAUUGUUCGAAGUUAUAUUAUCUUCAAGUAACUCGUCUGCUUAAAUUAACGUGCUUUACGUUUUGUUUUGUUGACAAACCCUUGCUGUACAUCUUUAUUCACGUUUCUCAAGCUUCAGCUGUUAUUUUUGAGUUAUUUUAUCCUGUAAUUCUGAUUAAUAACCCAAAUUAGCAUUACCGGAUACGCAAUCAUGGCUUCAUUUACUUGCUUGACCUGUAAAGUUAAUUUCGCCAAUAAUGAGUGGCAAAAGCAACAUUACAAAAGUGAAUGGCAUCAGUACAAUCUGAAGCGUAAAUUGGUCGAUCUUAAUUCUGUUGCCUAUGAUACCUUUGAAAAGAUAAAAGCUCGUCAACAGGCCUUGGAAUCAAAAGAUACAACGGAACAAACUAGAUACUGUGAAUGUUGUCGAAAACCAUUCUCAUCGAUUAAAGCCUAUGAUCAACACUGUCAGAGUAAAAAACAUCGAGAAAUGAAGGAAAAAAAGGAAAUAAAGGAUUCAAUAGCAGCCAAGAAACAAACAUCCACCAAGGUACCCAACAACCCAGUUAGCACAUCAAAUGUCGAAAUUGAUGCAGACAAUAGUGAUGAUUAUGAAGAUAUAGAUUCUGAUGAUGAUGAUGAUUAUGAGACAGUUGAUGAAGAUUAUGAGGAAGGAAAAGAUGCCAUUAGACCUGACCAAUGUUUCUUUUGUCUCAGAGAAGCUGAUUCAAUUGAAGAUAAUGUCCAACAUAUGAGUCUCGUGCAUUCAUUUUUUAUCCCUGAUGUUGAUUAUCUCACUGAUUUAGAAGGCCUGUUAACAUAUCUUGGAGAAAAGAUUGGCAUUGAUCAUGUUUGUCUUUGGUGUUCAUACUCUGGAAAAACCUUUCGCUCAAUUAAAUCAGCUCAACAGCAUAUGUUGUCGAAAGGCCAUUCAAAAAUCAAUUUCGAACAAGCCGAUGUCCUCUUAGAAUAUGCAGAUUUUUAUGAUUACUCUAAAAGUUAUCCAGAUGCUGAAGGUGAAAAUGUUAGUUCCGACGAGGAGGUAAAAAUUGAUACAAUUGGAGGCGAAGAUGAUACUUGGCAACUUGUUCUUCCAUCUGGAUCAGUUAUUGGCCAUCGAUCUUUAUUGAGAUAUUACAAACAAAAUUUGAAACCAAUCAUAGAAAAGACUGGCAAUGGAAUGAGCACCAAUCGCCGUAUUCUGGAUAAAGUAAUGAAUAAUUAUAAAGCUUUAGGAUGGACAGGAAUCAAGGGAGAAGCUGCUGUCUUGCGUGCGAAAGAUAUUAAGUUUUUCAAUGAAUUAAAAGCGCGACGUAGUUUAGACAUUGGAAUGAAACAUAACAAAGUUUUAACUAAACACUUUAGAAAUCAAGUCUUCUUUUAGACGAUAAUUUUACUGUGUUUAGUAAUUGUUUCAUGUUACUGGCGGUUAUGAUUACAUCCAAAUGAGUUGGAUAAAUUUAUAAUUAUUUUCUUGUAAAUUUAUAUUAAAUUAUCUGACUUUAA